AUGUUGGAACAACAGCUUAGGAGCGGUCUACAGAGUGAACUGGGACAAGCUUUGAGUGGACUGAAGAAUAAAGAAAGAGAAUUGGCAAGACUUGGUGGUGGCUAUGACGCGGCUAGAUCCCACCAUACGUCGCAUCCAGCCAGAUCUCGUCCUACAGCUCAAGUAGCUGCGACAGCAAUCAACCAUCGAAGUGAUGCCGGGAGUCACAAGAGUCGUCGAGGUGAGUGA